UGCUGAAAUUGGAAGACCAAACCAGCGGAGACGAUCCAUGUUAGAGUAUGACUUUCUCGAAACGUCAAACAGUAACUGUUCUGUUUGUUAUCGAUUUGUGGUGUGCUGUGCUUUGCAAAGAGUACAGUCGCAUGAUAGUAUUCAAGGAACCGGUGCCAAACAAAGCGCUGAACGGACACGUGAUAAGACAGGAAAAAGUGUUCGACGAAGGAAGCUGUCGCGUAUUCUGCUACUUGGAGCCAAACUGUGUGUCCAUCAAUGUAGGACCUCAAGAAGAUGGCGGUAGAAUUUGUGAAUUAAACAGUAAAACGGAUGACAGCCUAUCACACUCAGCGGUGCUGCAAAAGAACCGAUACACUUACUUUGGAAUUGAGAAUCCUUGCCACAGCAACCCUUGCGCCGGAGAGGGUAAAUCAUGUCAAGCGGGAUUCACUGACAAGGGCUUCCGAUGUGUUUGCCGCGAAACGGGCGAAGAGGAAAACUGUAAAGUAUGCCCUCCCAAUUGGAAAUCGUAUGGAACAUCAUGUUAUGCUGUAUUCGCCACCAAGCUUUCCUGGCGAGAUGGAGAAGCACACUGUAAUUCAAUGGAUGCACGACUGGUGAAGAUUACCUCUGAGAAUGAGGUUGCCUUUAUUCGGGGUGACGAUCUUGGUGCCAACUCUCAAAAUACAGCCUACUGGAUUGGCCUUUAUGAAAAAGAGUUCAAUAAUCAUUGGAAAUGGUCCGACGGAAGUGAACUGGGUGUGUUUACCGACUGGAAUUUAGGAGAGCCAAACUUAGCGUCCAAAGCUUGUGCCGUGUUGUUUGAUGGAAAGUGGCGUGACAGAGGUUGCUCAGAUGAAUACGAAUUAAUUUGUGAGAAAUGAUUAAAAUCAUUGGAACCACGGUGUACUCUGUUUUGGUAUGGCUAUGCUACAAGUACAGUGUGGGAUGCGGCUCGAGACAUUACACGCACUUCUUAGUACACCAAUCACUGGCCUAACAUUGAAAAUCGGAGAGAAGUGCCGCCGGCUUAGCAAUACUCCUUUUAGCUUUAAUUCGAGCG